AAGUGCCUUCCUGGAAACAAAAAGUUGCUUGCAAUUACUAAGAAAAACAUUUUCACAAUUAUAGAAUUUAUAUAAUUUGAGAAGCAUUUAAAACACGGCAACGAAAGGAAAAAAUAAAACAAGCACAGCUUAUAAAGUAUAUUUAUUUUAACUAUACUUUUGGACAGAGUAGUGUUUUAUUGACUCUGGUCCAUGUAUAAAUUGAGGAAUGGUACUAUUGAAGCCGAUAAUUUAAUUUCUCUCAAGAUAAGUGGAGAACAAAAAGAAAAAUCGUCUUUAUCAAAGUGUUUAAAAAGUGGAUUAAGGGCAACCUAGCAAAUCAUAUUUAAAUGUUUUAAGUAAUAUAAUAGAAACAGUAAUAGUAACAGAUCCACUCACCUAUUUUAUGAUAUUCAUACAUUCGACAAUUUAACGAAACUUAUAUUGAUAAAUAACGAUAAUGGCACACGUUGGACGUUCGAUGAAGAAUCCGGAGGCUCCACGCCCACUAAAAUCACAAUCGCGCGCAUCAUUAAAAAAUAAUUAUAUGCUAAUUGAAGAACUGAUACAGCUUAUUGAAAAUGUUGCAAUAACUCUUCAAUCAGGAGUUAGUAGUACGGAACCAAUGGCAACAUUAGUACAAAAUUUGCGUGUUCACGGUCCACAACUAGAAAGUGUAUCAAAAGAUACUUUAGAUCGCGCCUUCGUAGUUUUCCGCAAUGCUUCACAGGACGAAAGACUAAAUAUAAUGACAAGACUGAAUUUACUCGAGCUAAUCGAAUUGCGCGCCAAAGGAUGGUCUGAUAAUGGUUUAAAUUCUUAUUACAAAACAAAGCAUGUCACCAAUGAACUACCAGAUAAUCAACAUCAAGUUGAUCAAAUGGGGUAUAUAAGCACUUCUCCGACGUUUGGUGCCAGUAUGGGUGGAGCAGCAGUUGCCGCCGCUGCAGUUAUUGGUAAUGUUGGUUCAGCGCAGCAACAGCAAUUAUUAUUAGGUCCCGGUGAAGUAUUACGAAACUCUGGUAAAUUUUCAAAACCUACGAAAAUUCCUGGCAAAACUUACUGCAAAGAUGAAGUUGUAAUACGUAAUGCCGAUUCCGGAAAAGUAAUGGGCAUUAAAGGACGACGAGUUCAUAUGAUUGAGGAAUUAAGUGAGACGAUCAUUUCGUUUCAAAGAGUUAACCCGGGAGCCAAGGAGCGUUUAGUGCAGAUUACUGGCCCAACAGAAGAUAAAAUAAAUUAUGCAAAACAACUCAUUGAGGAUACAAUUCGACGUAAUGCAUCUCCUGUUCGCUUAGAUCCAGCAGUCGGAGGUGCAGGUUCAUGUUCUUCACUGGCUUCAUCAAAUUCAGAUGAGGGCUCUCCACGUAUACCUGGUAAUUCCGGAAGUAAUUUAGCCAACCGUUUAAGCUUUAAUUCAUCUAAAAACUUUAUGACUGGUCAACAAGCUGCUGCCCAACAACAAUUGGGAAAUAUAAUGACCACUGUUCCAAAUAAUAUGUCCAAUACAAACAUCAGUGCUGGCACUGCCAAAUUGAUGCGUCCAAAUGCACAAAUCCUUUUGCAUUCUUAUUCAACUAACGACGCAUCUCUUGGAGAGUAUAAGUACACUGUUAAUGUGGGACAGCAUAUCAUAAAAAUUACCGGAGAUUGUUGUGAAUUUGUGCAGGUGGCCAAACUAGUUCUUGACGAUUAUUUCAGCAGUGCUGAUUUUCUAGCGUCGUUUGAAGAAGGUGUUAUUUCAGACGGUACUUUAGUAAGUCCCAUAGUAACACCAGGUACACCAAUUGGCGCACCACAAUUUACGUUGGGUAAUACAAGUCAGCAUGGCCCACAAGCUCAAUUAGUGGAUGGUGGCGUUAAAUAUAAUUAUAUGUUGGGCCAACUAAGCAAUAAUGUACACGAAGGAGAUGAUGAAGUAUUUACUUCGGCAAAUGGUUUAGCAAACUCCAAUUUGACAAGUAAUAGUCUUUCACGUUCGAGAAGAAGUCAUUUUUCUCGUAAGGACUCGACUACUGAACAAACAUCUAAUAAUAUGGCAUCGCGUAAGAAGAGUGAAACUGCAAUCGCUGGCGAUAAUGGAACAAAAAAUUCAACACGCAUUUCCCAUGAAUAUGAGCAUUUACUGUAUUAUGCCAAAAGCCCACAUGCUUGGGCCUUUCCAUCUGAUUGGCAAAAAAUAUGUGAGAAAUGCCCAUCUAUAAUACGCAAUAAGGAUUUACAAGAUGAAAGUGGUCGUUUUAAUGGGGAAACAUAUUUAGAGCUAGUUAAAUCCGGCAGCAAACGCAAUUUUAUGACAGCUGAAGAAGCGAUAAACGAUUUUGAUGAACAAGAAAACGAAUAAACGAACAAUCGAUUUUUUAUUUAUUUAAAGUUACUAUAUUAAUUCUUAUAUUCAAUUUUAAUUUAAGUUCUAUUUGAAAGCAAAGUUUUAAAGUAUUUCCCGCUAUUUUCUUAAAAAUAACAGGAACUAACAAAAAUCUAACUAAAUAAUACUUUUUGGAAUAUUUUUAUAAUUCGCGUACAUAUACAGUGUAUGAGUCGGAUUAAAAAAUAAUUCUUAAUUCGGGUAUUUCAAACUAAUUGAAUUCGAAAUAAGCGAAAUACCAAACAAAUAACUAACAAAAAUAAAAUUUUUGUUAUAUUGUCUACUCCUGGGUAUGGAGGAAUCCGUAUCCAAAAUAUAAAAUGACAAAUUUUAACAAAUAAUAAAAUAUUUAAUUAACAAGCAUCGACAUAAUGUGUAUUGGCACUUGUUGACCAUUAAUUUUAAAAUUUAAUUUUUAACUGUAACGAAUUAUCAAUUUAUUUAUUCAGAUCAAUAUUACGAAUACAAAAUUGCAUAAUCCAGCAUUUGAGUAAUUUUGUAAAAAUUUUUAUUUAUUUAUUUUUGUCUAUUUUUAUCUAAUGUGGUCCAACCUAAUUGCAAUACAAUAUUGAUAAUUAAAAGAAACUAUGUAAAAGCCAAAUCUUCUCCCGAUUUUUAUAUUCUGCAAACAGGCUCUGUGAAAAUUCUAAAGAAGUAAAAAAAUUAGUCUCAAGU